AUGGCUCAAGCCUACGCCGUCGCUACAGCUCGCGGAGACACGCUCGCCACGCAGCGGUGCGACCUGCUAUCUCCAGAGAACGAGUACCUAGGUAUGCACCUCUUGCCACACUCAUUCCCACCGCUUCUUCGAGCUCCAAUGACGAUUCCACCUGUCUUCUGCUCCAGACCCCAACCCAGACCUGCACUCGCUCUUUGCAGUACGCGUCAGACCCGCUCGUUCCGUGAGUACAACCGCAUGUUCUUCGAGGGUCGAUUAGCCGGCUGUGAGGUCAAAUGGAGCAAGCGAAUGACGCUCUGUGAACCAUUGCUAAAGCUUCGACCACGCAGCGAUAUGGUCAACACUCUACUGCACGAGAUGAUCCACGCGUACGUGUUCGUAGCGACGCCCGUGCGCGACCACGACGACCACGGGCCGCUGUUUCAAGCUCACAUGAAUCGGAUCAACGAAGCUGCGAAGACCAAGAUCACGGUCUUCCACACUUUCCUCGACGAGGUGGACUCGUAUCGACAGCACAUCUGGCAGUGCAAUGGUCCGUGUCGACACACUCGGCCGUACUUUGGUCUCGUCAAGAGGUCGAUGAACCGAGCUCCUGGGCCAACAGAUCGCUGGUGGGCGGACCACGAACGACGUUGCGGCGGGAGCUACUCCAAGAUCAAGGAGCCUGUGGCGUUCACGGCCAAACAAGCGAAGAAGAGGGAGCAAGAGCUGGCUCGGGAGGAAAAGCAGAAGAAGAAAGCUGAGGACGCAAAAGCUGCACCGAGUGUGAAGUCGUUCUUCCCAAGGAUGAACGAGGACAGCGACGCCAAGACAAGUAAAGCGGAACAGUCUACGCGUGUUGAAACGAAGCCUCCUCGUGCUCGAAAGAAGACUCCACCACAAUCUGGAACUGUGAAGCGGAAGAAAGAACACGACGGCGACGCCAAGAGCUCAGACUGGCUAUCACUUGCGUUCCCCUCCUCAGGCUCUGCUGUGUACUCUGCAGAUGGAGAUGAAGACGGAUACUUUUUAGUGGGGGACAUCCAAGCACUCUUUCAGACUCCCCCGACACAGCAGUUUAGUCCCCGUGGCCGUAAGAGAGAUCGUCUGGAGGCAUUCGACCAAGUUCAAGGUGACGACGCCACUAGAGCAAGCGCUUCAGGAUCUUGUGCUGUUGUAGACAUGACUGUGUCUGACAGUGACGGCGGUAGUGACAACGAGCAGCUGCAACAGGCCAUCAAACUCUCACUGGCAAAUGGCAGGUUGCCGAGAACAGGGACAGGAGAAGAGGACGUUGUUGAGAUUGACUUACGUUAA